AUGGCAUCAUUAACACCACCACGUACUUUUGAUUCUGAUUCGAAUCCAACUGAUAAUCGACUUCGUUCUUCGUCGUUGUCUAGCUCCACUAGAGCUUCUCAUUCUGUUUCUCGUGAGCCUCUAUCACAACGAUCUCAAACUCCUAAAGCCAGGAGAAAAAAUGUAUCGAAUCGAUUAAUGCCUUACACUUCUCCUGUACUUUCUCGUACAACUCAAUCAACAAAUUCAACGAUUACUAUUGUUAGUAAUAAUCAAGAUCUCGAUGAUAAUGUCGAUUUGUCAUCGAUUGAUGUCAAUAUUGUCCACGUUUCAUCGCAACAAACCCCACCAAACCACGAACAAGAUGCAUUUGAAAGAUCAUUAGAUGAAGACGACGAGGAUAACAAAGAAAAUGUGAAACCUUCCAAACAUUUAUCAAUUGCAAAGGUUUUGAGUCAUUUUACUUCAUAUGAAAAUAACAAGUUUAGGUGCAAUCUAUGCAAGGAAUUAAAAACAACAAAUGGAAGUUCCACUUUUAAUCUACGUCGACAUCUCGUUAUUCGGCACCAAAUCAAUGCUGGAAUCACUUCAUCAUUUGAUCGACGAAAAAAUGCCCCUAAAAAUCGUUCUGUCAUCGAUAGAGAACGUCGACAAGAAAUAGAUGGUCUACUUUUGAAUUGUGUUAUUCAUGGUGGACUACCAUACAAUCAUUUUUCUCAUCCAUGGUAUGACGCAUUAUUUGAAAAAUUAGAAUCUGGUUAUCGAGCUCCAGACAGACGUACGAUGCAAAAAAGAAUUCAAAAUUAA